AUGUUGAAGAAAAAUAUUAUCAUCAUCGGCGCGGGCCCGUCUGGCCUUACUCUUGCUGCGCUCUUACAACAUCACUCAAUUCCCUUCACUCUAUACGAGCGUGAACCAAAUAUAAGCUCUCGGUUCCAGGGAGGAUCACUUGACUUGCACCCCGAAUCAGGCCAACGUGCUCUCCGGACUGCUGGCCUUGAAGCUUCUUUCAAGAAGCACGCCAGGUACCAUGACCAGGACUAUCGAUUCAUGGACAAACAUGCGAAAGAUUGGCUCUUCCACCAGGCUCCUCCUGACGCGGAAGGUCGACCUGAAAUUGACCGUUCGGAGCUGAGGAAAAUCUUGAUCGACGCCAUUGAUCCUGAGAAUCUCAAAUGGGGUCACCAUAUUUCCAAAAUCACGAAAACAGCCGACGGAAAGUAUGAGGUCCAUUUCGAGAAUCACGAUACCUCAGCAGUGGGCGAUCUGAUUGUCGGUGCCGACGGGACAUGGUCAAAAGUACGAACACUAUUGACGGCAACGCGACCGGUGUAUACGGGCUUGACGGUGAUCGACUGUCGCAUCUCAAACUUGGACAAGAAAUUUCCUGAACUCGGUAAAUUCAUCGGCCGAGGAACCGUGUUUGCGCUCAGUGACGGCAGCGGCAUUUUCAUGCAGCGCAACGGAGACGACAGUCUCCGGGUCUAUCCAUGCUUGAAGGUGCCGGAGAAGUGGGCGUUCGAGAGCGGUAUUGACUGGACAGACCAGAAGAAUGCCACAAAGAUGCUGUUGGAAGAUGUCUACAGCGAUUGGGAUGGUCGUCUGAAAGAAGUAAUCCUGAGCCUUGACCCCAAAUGGAACCCGAGGGCUCAGUACAGGAUGCCACUGGGUAUGCGCUACGAGACAAAACCCGGACUCACACUGAUAGGAGAUUCAAUGCAUGUCAUGUCGUGGUUCGCUGGCGAAGGGGCCAACCUUGCCAUGUUGGAUGCGCUGGAUCUUUUCCUCUGUAUUCAAAAAGACCCGGCAGAUUUGGUCACUGCAGUGCGCAACUAUGAAGAGCGAGUCAUGGGACGCGCGGAUAGUACCAACAAGAUGUCCCAGGAUCUUCUCGAAGAGGCCAUGGCGGAUGACUCGCCUCGCGCAUAUGUUGAAUCCAUGUCCAAGGCAAUGGAUAUCUGGUUUGCCGAUGGGCGAUUGCUGGAAGACGUCGAACUGUGA